UCUGCGCAUGCGCAGUACAUCCGCGUCGGAACAUUCUUGGCUGUCACUGAAUGUUCCCCGAGACGCUCAUCCUUCACAUCUGACUUGAAUACUGAUACAUUUCUUAAAGAAUUCUUCUACUAUGAGCGGGGAUCAUGGCCAUGGCGACUCUCAGGUCAACUCGGGAUCCAAAGGAAGCGACACUCAUAAACAUAAGGACAAGCAUAAAGACAAGGAACACAGACACAAGGAUCAUAAGAAGGACAAGGAGCGAGAGAAAGUCAAGCACUUCAACAGCGAAUACAAAGAACACUCUGAGAAGAAACACAGGGACAAAGACAAAGUGAAACACAGCGAUUCAAAGUCUGAAAAGCACAAGGAGAAACACAAAGAGAAGGACAAAGAGCGGAGGAAAGAGGAAAAGGUCAAAUCUCUCCUGACGGACAAACCAAAAAAAGAGAAAGAAAAUGGAUUUGUCAGAAGCUCGAGUCCUGUUGGCAUCAAGAGUGAGCCAGAAGACGACAACGGCUUCUGCCCUUCUCCCCCGCACAACAAGUCGAUUAAACGGGGUGACGAUGAUGAUGAUGAAGAAUUUGAAUACAAACCCAAGAAAGUGAAAACGGAACACGACAAAAAGCCCAAGAAGAGGAAGCACGACUAUGAAGAAGACGAUGAUGAUGAGGACAUAAAGCCUAAAAAGAAAACAAAGGACAAGAAGGCAACAGAAGGGAAGAAAGCUAAAAAAGAAGAGGACGAGAAGUGGAAGUGGUGGGAGGAGGAGAGAUACACAGAUGGCUCCAAAUGGCGCUUCCUUGAACACAAAGGUCCAGUGUUUGCACCUCUCUACGAGCCUCUCCCUGAUAAAGUGAAAUUUUACUACGACGGUAAACCCAUGAAACUCAGUGCUCCUGCUGAGGAGGUGGCCACGUUCUUCGCCAAGAUGUUGGAUCAUGAAUACACCACCAAGGACAUCUUCAGGAAAAACUUUUAUAAGGACUGGAGGAAGGAAAUGACCUCGGAGGAGAAGUCAAAGAUCACUGACCUGAACAAAUGCAACUUCAGUGAAAUGAGCGAGUACUUCAAGGCUCAGUCAGAAGCCAGGAAGCAGAUGACAAAAGAAGAGAAACAGAAAAUCAAAGAGGAGAACGAGAGGAUCCUCCAGGAAUAUGGAUUCUGCAUCAUGGACAACCACAAGGAGAGGAUUGGAAACUUCCGCAUUGAGCCGCCGGGACUUUUCCGUGGACGAGGCGACCAUCCAAAGAUGGGAAUGCUGAAGCGUCGCAUCAGACCGGAAGAUAUUAUCAUCAACUGCAGCAAAGACUCCAAGCAUCCAAAACCUCCCCCUGGCAGCAAAUGGAAGGAGGUGCGCCACGACAACAAAGUGACCUGGCUGGUGUCUUGGACGGAGAAUAUCCAGGGAUCCAUUAAAUAUAUCAUGCUGAACCCCAGCUCCCGAAUCAAGGGGGAGAAGGACUGGCAGAAAUACGAAACUGCACGACGGUUGAAGAAGUGUGUGGAUAAAAUCCGAGCUCAGUACAGAGAAGACUGGAAGUCGAAAGAAAUGAGGAUUCGACAGAGAGCUGUGGCGCUGUAUUUCAUUGACAAGCUGGCACUCAGAGCUGGAAACGAAAAGGAGGAGGGCGAGACUGCAGAUACGGUCGGCUGCUGCUCUCUGCGAGUCGAGCACAUCAAGCUCUCCCCCAAAGUGGACGACCAGGAGUACGUGGUGGAGUUUGACUUCUUGGGAAAGGACUCCAUACGCUACUACAACAAGAUCCCAGUGGAGAAGAGAGUGUUCAAAAAUCUCCAGUUGUUUCUGGAAAACAAGCAACCCGAGGACGAUCUGUUCGACAGACUGAACACUUCUAUUUUGAACAAGCACUUGCAGGAGCUGAUGGACGGUCUGACAGCCAAAGUCUUCCGUACUUACAACGCUUCCAUCACAUUGCAGCAGCAGCUUAAAGAACUAACCAAUGGUGAUGACAGCGUCCCUGCAAAGAUCCUGUCUUACAACCGAGCCAACCGGGCGGUGGCUAUCCUCUGUAACCACCAGAGAGCACCGCCCAAAACCUUUGAGAAGUCCAUGCAAAACCUUCAAACAAAGAUCGAUGAGAAGCAGAAUCAACUGUCAGCAGCCAGAAAGCAGCUGAAGGCUGCCAAGUCCGAUCACAAGGCGUCUCAUGAUGACAAGAGCAAAAAAGCUGUGGAGAUGAAGCGGAAAGCGGUCCAGAGAAUAGAGGAGCAGCUGAUGAAGCUCCAGGUUCAGGCCACUGACAGAGAAGAGAACAAGCAGAUCGCUCUCGGCACCUCCAAGCUCAACUAUCUGGACCCACGCAUCUCUGUGGCAUGGUGCAAGAAGUACGACAUUCCCAUCGAGAAAAUCUACAACAAGACGCAGAGAGAGAAGUUCGCCUGGGCGAUCGACAUGGCUGAGAAGGAUUAUGAGUUCUAAACAUUCCCAGUGUUCUUCUCAUCCUACACAUGCCUUGGGUCGCUGAUGUCAUUGGACUUCCCUCCGGGGGUUUAUGCGAGGUUCGGUUGUAGGAGAGAAAAGUGGAGUUUUUAACAAAUCUAAUCAGAGCCAAGUCUCUUCAAAAAGUUCCAUAACUAUGAGUGUACAUAGCUGCAGCUAUUGACUUAUGAUCCAGCUACUUAUCAGAACUGAUGAUCGUAGUUUUUAAGCCAUCACUUUUAUUGAUAAAUUUAUAUUCUCAUAGAAUAAUAAAUUUGAUACAGGAUUGUUUGAAUGCUGCACCGACUGUGAUCAGUGUGACGGACACGGAAGUGACGGUGAGAAGGCGCUUCGCUUAUCAAACACUCACAGAAUGUCAUCUUUCUUAGUUCCCUUUUAUUCUGCUGUUUAUUUCAGGGAUGUAAAUAUUUUUUCAUCAUUAAGUGUUUUUAAAAAAAAAUGUGUGUGAUGUGUGGGUCGUCGACAAUAAGCUCCUUAUGCUCAUAUGCAACUCGUACGUGUCUGCCUCCAGUCAACAAGAUGUAACAUUCCUCCGGGUUACUUGAAAAGCUGAAGUGUGCACACACUUGAGAGGUGCGUGGAUUUUGCCAAAAAAGGAUCCCAGAUUAGAUUGUCUGUUCGGAAUAGAGUGCUGUUUUGUAUUGCUGUGAAUAAAGCUGAAAGUGUCUUCAUUACACUGCGUCAUUAAUAUUUGUUAUGUAGCCAUUUAUCCCAAGACUCCUGAUCGAUUGUGUAUUGUAUUGAGCUUUGUAGUUUUCAGAAUAAAACGUCAAUCUUAA